AUGACGGGCAGAGGGAGACCACGCAAGGCCAAGAGUCCUGACAAAAAGUGUGCCAAGGGUAAAACUAGACCUGAGGAAAUGAAACCGGCAUCUCUGCCUAGAUGUACAGGGAAAGAAAAUAGGGGAGAGAGUCAGGGUGGCACCGCGAUGGAACAGAAAGCAAAGGAGCAGAAAAAGAAAAAACACACUGAGGAGAAGCCAUCUGCACAGGGCACCCGAAAGGAAGAGACCACAAAACACAGCACAGAGGAGCAGAAAAGGACACCUACAGACCACACAAAAGCAAAAACUGAUGGUGGGAAUAUGAAAUUACAAGACAAAUUUCCAGAGGCUGUGACGAAGAUGUGUCCAGAGAUGCCGAAGGGCGCCACAAAGGCUUCUCCACAGACCGCCAAAUCAAAAACAUGUGGUAGAAAGGCAGAAUUACGAGCACAGUUUGCAGAGGAGCCAUCAAAGGACAACCUAGAUGCUUGCGUACAGAUCCCAAAGCCAAAAGCCUGUGCUGGAAAGGUCAAAUCACCUCCAAAAUUUGUGAAGGAGACAGCAAAGACACCGCUAGAGAAACCAAAGGCCAUCGCAAAAGCAAAAAAAUGUGCUGACAAAGAGAAAUCACCAGAAAAACUCCCAGAAAAAGCUGCUGUGGACUCAGUCCUCUCCAAAACUCUGGACAAACUGAAGAUUAAGAAGGACGAAAUAUCAGACGCAGCAGAAGUUGUCAAUGAAAUAACACAUGCUAUCAUCAAUCAUAUGAAACAGAAAAGUGAAUGCUUUAAAGAAGUAGGAAACCCACUACGUAGUGGAAGUUACUAUGAAAAACUAAAGAUUUCUAACCCUGAUGAGUUUGAUGUCAUGCUGCCGAUGCUUGUCAAUCGAGCGAAUGUUGAACCAUUCGGGAAGGAUGGCGCCUUUUACAGUGUGGGACUAAAGCGUGGCAACAGCCCUCUGAAGAAAUUUCAAGAGAACAACACCUUAUCUGCCAGCGACAUGCUCAAGGAGUUCAGGGACGAGGUGAAGAAAUGUGUCAAGGGAUUUACAGAAUGGGCGGUGACGAAAAAGAAAAGAGGUUGCCCCGCAGUGACCCUCAUCACACAAGUCAAAUCCAUCACCAUUUCGCUGGACAUUGUUCUCUGUCUCAUGGUCAAAUCAAGCUGGCCGUCUUUCACCACCGACGGCCUGAAAAUAGAGGGCUGGCUGGGAACCAAAGUUAAGAAGGAAUACAAGCUAAGUGGGUAUUAUCUCGUCCCAAAAUAUGAAGGCAACGGUAACAGGGAGGAUGAAGGGGUCCUUGCAAAGGAUUCUUGGCGGGUUUCAUUCUCCCACAUCGAGAAGGCCAUACUGACGAAUCACGGAUCGGAAAAAACAUGCUGCGAAAAAGGAGGAGCUCGCUGCUGCAGGAAGGACUGUUUGAAGCUGCUAAAGCACCUUCUCAGUAAGCUGAAGGAGAGCGACUCUUCAUUUGACAAGUUCUCCUCGUACCACGUCAAGACCACGCUCUUACACGCCUGCUGCUCCAGAACUAAAGACACUGAUUGGAGCGCCUCAAGUCUGAGCCACUGUUUUCAGCUGCUCCUGCAGGAUUUUGUGGCCCACCUGGAAAGCGGUGAACUCAACAACUUCUUCAUCCCAACUCAGAACCUGCUCUCUGGUCCUGGCCCGAAGAAAUGUAAUAUGCUGGCUUCUCGUAUCAGGGAGGAACGUGAAAGGGGUUUUCCUAUAUUCCAGUGAAAACAACACUACAGACUUCAGGUGUUUGACUUGUGAUAUCAUUUGAAAUGUUGUUAGAAUAACUAAAACUAGCUUUAAAGAAGGUAAAGCUCCAUGGAAACUACAAUAUGGUCACAACAAGGUCACUGCGACCUCACAAUAUGUCGUGUGUAAUAUCAGUCCACACUCGAGUCCACGUGGAGGUUUGGGCUAAAUUUGAAAGAAAUCCCACAAUGCAUUCUUAAAAUAUUGACCUCAAAGUGAACUUGACCUUUGACCCCCAAAAUGUAAUCAGUUGAUCCUCGAGUCUGAAUGGACUUAUAAACCAAAUCUGUACAAAUUCCUGUAAGGCAUUCUUGAGAUGUCCCAUUCCCAAAACAUGAGUUAAAGUGACCAAAAUCUAAUCAGUUCAUCUUUCAGUCCAAGUGUGAGUUUGUGCAACAUUUGAUGAAAAUCACACAAAGCUAAUGUUUGAAACUUCUGACAUUUGGGUUUUCAUAAGUUUUACACUUCUUCUUACUUUUCUUCAAACAUGGAUUGCUAUAUGUAUUUGAAUCUUUUAGUGAAACUUUUUUUGUGUUAACUAUGAUCUUGUUUGUUUUGCUUGUUUUCCGGCCUGUAUUUAAUUUAUCAUUGUAUUUUAAACAUGUCCGAUAUGGACAUAAACAA